AUGUCGCAAACAUUUUUAUUAGAGCCGGACAUAAUAGCAGCAACGGAAAAUGUUAUGCCAGAUCUCAACAAUGAUCUGGUGCUGGCAAAGAAUUUUUUGAAACAACAAAGUGCAGCCACUGGUGACUCUUUAUACGACCAUUUAGUGGACGUGGUACAAAAAAUACUGUCCCAAAGUCCACCAGAUGUGGUGGAUAACUUCGAACAGUAUUCUUGGGAAGUGAAGCAAGAGAAGUUUCGGCCAAACUUUGAUUUGCUCAAUGACAUUUACUUGUCUCCUCCACAACUCGCCUCCGUGACGCAGGUGGAUGAAAUGUUCCGGCUGGUAGCAAGCAAAGCAACAAAGUUAGACGACGGAGGAGAAGAGGAACAGGAGCUCGAUCUGGAGGAAGACCACUACAAGCCGAAGAUACAGGACCUUGUUGAUCAUAACUACUAUUUUAGACAGGCCGGGUACGGUUUGCCAGCCAGCGAAUGUUACGCGAUCUACAUAUCUAUGAUCAUGUUGGGUAUCAAAGAGCCUGUUUCCACUAUCAGGUUCUUCGGUAAAAUUUUUGGCACUAAAGCGAACUACUACGUAAUGGAAACGGACCUAACUCUAGAAGAAUUGGAUAGAAGAAUCAGGGCCUUCGAGAUGAAGGAUAUGCCUGGAGAAGGCGAAGGUAUGGACGAGGCCAGAGUCCACGCUAUAGAGGAACAGGCAGAAAUACUUGGUGAGGGGGAGGCGAAAGAGCCAGUUUCCAAGGAACCAGUGCCUCCCAAAAUCCCUCCAGAGCCAGUCUCCACGUGGCAGGCGCCUGCUCCCAUACCUGUCGAACGACCCGGCCAGGGAAUCAAUAAGAAGGUGUAUUGGGUUUGCAACCGUCCAGGCGAGCCAUGGAUCUGUCUGCCAGAUAUCAAACCAGAACACGUCCGCGUCGCCAGGCUCUCCGUGCGCUGUAUGACUGGAGAUUUAGAUUCUGAGGUGAUAACCUUCCCUCCGUUCGAGGGUACGGAGAAAGAGUACCUGCGCGCUCAAAUUGGUCGCAUCGCUGCUGCCACGUCAAUUUCCCCGCAAGGAUUCUUCACGUUUGGGUCAGGGGAGGAAGAAGAAGACCUGGACAUGGAAGAAGGGGGUGGUGACAUGGAAUUCAACCCGAACCCAUAUUACCAGGGGCACACGUUGAAGGACCUAAUGGACUCCAACCUGACGUACUGGGUCCACCACGGGAGACAUAUCCUGAAGCAGGGGAGGACUUUGUGGUGGAACCCGAACGCGGGGAUGGACGAAGGCCUAGAGGAGGAAGAUAUGGACGCUCCACCUCCAAUAGAGCCGGAGGUAGGGCCCUCCCUGUUCACGUCGCUGUCGGAGGACGCCAGGAUCGAAGGCUUGACGGCGUGGAGUGCCAGGGUCAGCAGCACCCUGUGCCCUGACAGGGCCAUGGUCGUGCUCAGGAGUAACCUUUGGCCAGGAGCCGUGGCUUAUGCCACUACUGGCAAAAAAUCCGAGUGUCUCUAUGUGGGUUGGGGACUCAAGUACCAGCCCCCAAACUUCUCCCCCCUGCAGCUCCCCGUACCGCAGGUGGAGUACCCGAUCGGACCAGAAAUUAUGGAGAUGGCUGACCCCACGUUUGCUGAUGAAGAGGCAUUCCGCAUCGCCCACCUACCGCCACCCCCGCCACCACCGAUGAUGGGAGAAGGAGAGGGCUACGGCGAAGAAAUAGAAGAAGAAGACUAG